GACGACCACGUGACUCCGCAGAAGCAAUUAGCGCGCUUGCGCUAUCGCACCAAAGACAAGGAGUUUAAAAGUUGACUUUGCAGAAAUUCGGCCGAGAGUUACACACGAGCAACUUUACAUCCAACUCUGCACGGAUGAUUCGCAACUCAAUGACAACCACAAAACCAACACGAACACGGGAGGCAGCAAGAAUGACAUCGUGAAAGAGAAUGGAAUUGACACGAACCGUGGGAGUUUGCCGAAAGCAACGAAACGCCGCUGUCACUCUUGAGCGGACACGACACGGGGAAGAUAAAUUAUGACAUUCGAAUCAAUGUCGCUUCAAAUUUUUUUGUUAGUUUUUUUUACCGGAUCCCGUGAAACUCCCCACCAAACGCGUUCUAGUUGCGGCAGCAGACGCGGUAGCGGCUGCGUCCUGAGCGGCAUCGCCCCUCGUGUGCCCGCGGGCCUCGUGCGCGCUCUGCCCCCGUGGCCCCGUGUCACCUCCCUGGCAAGACCGGUUUGCGUGCGUGCGCGUGUGAAAAUACAGGUAGGGGUUUUUGUUUUUAAUAUAUCCCAGUGAGAGGCGGCAAUCACUCGCCUGACGAGUCCAGCCACAUUUCCACCUCCUCAACCCAACCCCAUUUUGCAAGAUAAUCACCCAAAUCUUCACGAUCGUAAAUCGGCGCACAAUCUGGACGGUGCCUCCGUGCCUCGCCGUGCCUCGAACUCUGUUCGCCCCUCCCUCCUCCCAUUGUCUCCUCCUCAAGCUCCUCCUCCUCAAGCUCCUCCUCCGUGUCAUCGUUGCUCACCGGCCGCAGCGCAGUCCUCGAUGUCUUUGGGGCCCCCUGAGACGUCCGCCCGAGGAGACGUGAGGCCACUUGCAAGACCAGAAGCAGGAAAGGGGGCGGCAGGGCGCAGCUCCUUCCCAGCGAUGCUGGAGCGUGGAUUUCUGGGUCGCCUCCUGAGCCGCGCACUGAACCUGCAGCAGCAGAACGCGGUGAACGCCGAGGAUGAACUGUACCUGCUCCAGCACAAGAGGAUCCAGGAGACCCCGCUGUUCACGGCCGCCAAGAACAAUGACGUGGAGGCCAUCCAGAGGCUGCACAAGCAGGGCGACACGGACCUCCUGCAGCGCGGGGUGCUGGGAGAGACGGCCCUCCACGUGGCCGUGCAGUGCGAGAACCUGGGAGCGGCGCUCGCCCUCCUGGACGCGGAGCCCACGCUCAUCAACGAGCGCAUGACCUCCGACCUCUACCAGGGUCAGACGGCGCUGCACACCUCCGUGCUCAACCAGAACGUGGAGCUGGCGAAACAGCUCCUGGCGCGUGGGGCAAAUGCAGUGUCGCCGCGUGCCACCGGCACCUACUUCACCGACAAACACCGCAGCCACGCUCACUACGGCGAGUACGUGCUGUCAUUCGCCGCGAGCACGGGGAACCUCGAGAUGGUGCGACUGCUCCUGAAGCACGGGGCCAGGAUAUGUGCGCAGGACUCCCAAGGCAAUACGGUCCUCCAUACCCUGGUGCUGCAUAAGAACCGCAUCAUCGCCUGCCAGAUGUACGACUUCAUCCUGGCGAGCACGCAGAGGGGCAAGGGCCAGCCUUGCCCGGAGUCUGUGCUCAACCGUAAAGGCUACACCCCCCUCAAGCUCGCUGCAGCCAAGGGCAACGUGGUGAUGUUCCGGCACCUGGUGAAGCGUCGCAGAGUGGUGCAGUGGUCGGUGGGCACCGUGACGUCCACCCUGUAUGACCUCAACGAGAUCGACUCAUGGGAGGACGAUCGCUCGGUGCUGGAGAUCAUCACCACGAGCCACAAGCGCGAGGCUCGCCAGAUCCUGGAGGUGACCCCCGUGAAGGAGCUGAUCAACAUCAAGUGGAAGCGGUACGGGCGGCGCUAUUUCCGCAUGUGGACCAUGCUCUACAUGGUCUACAUCACCAGCUUCUCGCUCGCCUGCAUCUACCGGCCCCUAAUGAUGCGCACGGACAACGCCACGGACCCACGCGACGACGUCAUCCUCGUCCAGAAACCCCUGUCCGAGAGCUACCAGACUCAGCAGGACUUUGUGCGACUCGGGGGCGAGAUCGUCAGCAUCCUCGGGGCUAUUCUCAUCCUCGUGCUGGAGAUGCUGGAUGUCAUUCGUGUCGGGGCCUCGCGAUAUUUUGGAAACAUCGUGACUGGCGGGCAUUUCCACAUGAUCCUGGUGUGCUACGCGUGCCUCGUGGGACUGCUCUUCGUCAUGAGGCUCUCGGGCGUCCAGGGGGAGUCCGUGCCCAUGUCGCUGGCGCUCGUGCUCGGCUGGUGCUACACGCUGUUCUUCGCUCAUGGCGUCGAGAUGCUGGGACCCUUCAUGGUCACCAUACAGAAGGUUCUGUUCCUGGACGUGUUCCGGGUGUGCUGGCUCAUGUUCAUGGUGCUCAUGGGCUUCACCUGCGCGUUCCACUUGACCUUCCAGAUCCUCAUGCCCGACAACUGGAACCAGUGGCGCGACUUCUACACCGCGUGGUUCACCAUGUACCAGCUCUUCCUCGGCCUCGUCAGCCACUGGUUUAACGUCCGCCUGAACUUCUCCGAUUUCAUCAAAGUGGUUUACACCUUCUACAUGCUGUUCGCGUUCGUCCUCAUGAUCAACCUCCUGAUCGCCGUGAUGCGCAGCACCUACUCGCGCAUGGCAUUGGAAAAGGAGCAGUUGUGGCACACACAGGUGGCGGCCACGACCAUCCUGCUGGAGCGGAGGCUCCCGCGCUGCCUGCGGUUCCGCGCCGGCGUGAGCGGCAAAGAGUACGGGCUGGGGGACCGCCGGUUCCUCCGGAUCGAGGAUCGGAACGAGCGCGCCAUUCAUAAGGUGAAGCGCUACGCCAUGGCGUUCAGCGAGGGGCGCGGGGGCAGCGCCGAGGACGUGGGAAGCGGCUCCGAGGGAGCGGGGGGCGUCGGCGGCCACUUCACGCGCUCCCCCACCAAUCCGCAGCCCCAGCAGCAGAGCCAGCAGCUGCAGCCGCCCACCAUCGUCGUCACCAGCACCUCGUCGGGCCGCGGCUGGGAGGUCGUGCGCGACGGCGCGUUCCCGAGCCGGCGCUCCGACUCGCAGGCGUCGCAGGACCAGCGCCAUGAGGUCGUCUAUCAGAUCUGACCGCCGGCCCGGCGGCGUCGUGGCCCGCUCCCCCCAAGCGGGAAACCACCACUCGAUUGUUGGAACAGAAAUCGCCUGCCCAGAGUGCGCGCUGCUGUGCGGUUGGCCUGGGUCGGGCGCGUCGACCGACACCGCAAGGUCGGCCCGGAGGCGUCGACUGGCGCGGCGCGGAACCUCGUCCCGACCGAGGGGCAGAACAGGACUUUCAGAAACCUUUUGGCGGGCAACUGCGCGUGAAGGCACGCACGCCGUGGCAUCGUGCACGCGCGUAAGGAGCGCGUCGCCCCGAGCGCGAGGUGGCCCUUGGGAGUGACAUUAGUGACUUGAGCGCGGUGAUGGAGUGAGUGGCAGAGUGCUGCUGCUCUCAGCCAGAAACAUUCCCCUCGAGCACCCGGCGACUCGGGGGGGCGGGGGGCUGACCGAGCGGCUCGCAAUCGCAAGGUUGCAAGUUCACAUUUUGGGUUGACUCGGAUCAUCAUCCCUACUUCCCUCCAUCCGGGGGCCCGUAAAAAUGAGCACAACUGUGUGGCGAAGUCAAUAACGGUGGUGGAACCUCUGGAUAUACUCACCCCCGCCAUAUAAAUGUGGAAUUUCCACCACUGGCCUCGCAGGGCUCUAAACAGUGGGUGAGCACCGAUCCCGAGAUGCCUGAGCGAGAAACCACUUUUGACUCGAGGCUCUGAUCAGUGUGACCAGGGGUGCUAGGCUUCUUGUAGCGUACUACUGUAGGUUACUUCUCGUCUAUCGGGUUUGAUAAAGCAGUGAGAAUUCAUCUGCUUCGCACGACCGUCUCUCCACGUAAACAAAAAAAACAUUUAAGUGCUUUUUUCUUGAUUUGAAGCUUUCGUGACUGCAGGAAUCCAUACUCUUUGGUUCUUUCGGUAAGGUCACGGAAGGUAGAAAAAUAAAAC